AUGGACAGCAAGACCGGCAGCCUGACGGCCCGCGGCAAGGGGAAGGCGCCCGGCCCCCCGCCGCCGCCGCCGAGUCGCGACGACGCGAACGGCGGCGGGCACCGCCGUGGGUGGCAGAGGAGGAGCAUCUGGCCGCGUGGCCGCGCCGUGGUCGUGGCUCUUGUCGCGAUGAUCGCCGCCGCCGCGUUCCUUCUCUUCGCUGACGCCCUCCCCGUGGCGCCCCCUUCGCCCGAGUGGCUACUCGCGGCGUACGUUCUUUGGAUCAUCGGGCUGAACAUGCUGGUUUGGCUAAUGAACUGA